GCCGCGCCCUCCCUUCUCCGUCCUCCUUCCCCUCCCUGCUCUGCUCUUCUUUUCCCGUCUGAGGUGGUGGCCGGUCUCGCCUCCUUAUCAGCUCCAUUUUACCACUUCUGUGGUUUUCUUUUCCCUCGGGUCCGAGAACGGCCCGAGCAUCUUCCCGCCUCCGUAGGGCGGCUGCAGAGCCCCGGCGCGUUCUUCUCUCUCGGAUCUUCAGUCCUCGCCCUGCUCAGUCAUGAAUGAGGAAUACGACGUGAUCGUGCUGGGCACCGGCCUGACGGAAUGUAUCCUGUCAGGUAUAAUGUCAGUGAAUGGAAAAAAAGUUCUUCAUAUGGAUCAAAAUCCAUAUUAUGGAGGAGAAAGUGCAUCUAUAACACCGCUGGAAGAUUUAUACAAAAGAUUUCAAUUACCAGGAGUACCUCCAGCAUCAAUGGGGAGAGGAAGAGACUGGAAUGUUGACUUAAUUCCCAAGUUCCUGAUGGCUAAUGGUCAACUGGUUAAGAUGCUGCUUUAUACGGAAGUUACCCGAUACAUGGAUUUCAAAGUGAUUGAAGGGAGCUUUGUUUAUAAGGGAGGAAAAAUCUAUAAGGUUCCUUCUACUGAAGCAGAAGCCCUGGCAUCUAGCUUAAUGGGACUAUUUGAAAAACGUCGCUUCAGAAAGUUCCUAGUGUAUGUUGCCAACUUUGAUGAAAAAGACUCUAGAACGUUUGAGGGCAUUGAUCCUAAGAAGACCACAAUGCGAGAUCUGUAUAAGAAAUUUGACUUGGGGCAAGAUGUUAUAGAUUUUACUGGUCAUUCUCUUGCACUGUAUCGAACUGAUGACUACUUAGAUCAGCCAUGUUGUGAGACCAUUGAUAGAAUUAAACUUUACAGUGAGUCUUUGGCAAGAUACGGCAAAAGCCCAUACCUUUAUCCACUGUAUGGCCUUGGGGAACUGCCACAAGGAUUUGCAAGUAAAGAUAUCUAUGUUUGCAUGAUUUCGUCUGCACACAAUGUGGCAGCACAAGGGAAGUACAUUGCCAUUGUUAGUACAACUGUGGAAACAAAGGAACCAGAGAAAGAAAUCAGACCAGCUUUGGAGUUGUUGGAACCGAUUGAACAGAAGUUUGUUAGCAUCAGUGACCUCCUUGUACCAAAAGAUUUGGGAACAGACAGCCAGAUCUUUAUUUCCCGUGCAUAUGACGCUACAACUCACUUUGAGACAACCUGUGAUGACAUUAAAGACAUCUAUAAAAGGAUGACAGGAUCUGAGUUUGACUUUGAGGAAAUGAAGCGCAAGAAAAAUGACAUUUAUGGGGAAGACUAACAGCAGUAAAUGUUAAUAUCUAAUUAGGACAGAUUUAAAAUUUGGCAAAUAAUACAUAUUGUAUGAAAUCAAUAUUGUAAGGCCUGCUUUUGUAAUCACAAUGGAGAUUGAAGAUUGCUAUACCAGUUAAUAUUCCCCUUCAUCUCUCUAAUCUUAAGUAUUAACUUUUCAUGGAGUGGCUAUACAGAUGGACUGGUUACCAUUCUGUUCAGUUUAACCAAGCUGGCUUUUUUCUAGUGAAGGAAGUUUUAAAACGGUCAUGAUACCAAUACAGAACAUGAUACUGUAUUUGUAUCUUUUAAUCAGUGUAGAUUUUGCAGUUUUGUGCUUCAGCUGCUCAAGAGGUGUAUCCAUACAAUGCGUGCUGUGCCAUCUUGACAUUAAGGAGAUUCUAAAUUGAAUAUUCUCUACUUUUGCACAGCAUCCGUACAUUUUCCCUAUAUACAUAUUUUGUGUUAUGUCAAAUAAUUAUGGGCAGGGCCCACAUACUGUGGCCACAAGUUUGGUUCUUGUGGAUGUGUACUUCUAACCAGACUCCAGACUAAGGGAGUGUAUGGGGAAAGCCAGUCAGUAACUGUUAACCUAGGAAAACUGAGAACAGGGGAAAUAAACCUAUCUAUAAAGCAGGCAAAAUGUAGAACCAUCUUUUGUAUCCCAGGUGCGGCUUCUUCGAUGGACCAAGCUGCAAUGCAGUAUUGAUUUGACAGAGCCUCUAUUUCAAUGUCUGUCUCAAAAUGGCUCCAAAUGAUUUCUGUACUGCAGAAUAAAGCCAAACUCUGGAAACCA